AUGGAGUUGGAGGCCAUGUUUGAUGACGACAUCAUCAAACUAAGCCAGAGAGUGAUGCCCAGUGAAAUGAAUCUCAGGCCUCUAACAGCGAUUGGCCAGUUCUGUACUCUGUUUUGUGGCUCAGUUCUGAUGUUCUUCCUGGGGGCGUUGGGGUUUGCUAUGUACGGGAUUGAAGCUCUCUAUUUCAACUGUGAUCCAGACAGGAAACAGUUAAACCUCUUCUGUCACAAUCAUUUCCAGCCUAUCACCUUCCCCUGGUUAAAGGCGAUGAAUCAGAUUUACAAUAGGCCAGCCUCCACCACCUCCUGCAGCUGUCCUGUCUAUGAUCAUCUUCAAGGCACCGGCUUCAGUCACCUUUUUGGGUUCCAGGUUCAACUAAUCUUCAGGUGCAAUGCCACAUCCCUUGACAAGCAUUUCAACAUCACCAAGUGUAUGGUCUCUGAGCACUUUGAGAAGACCAUACCCCUCAGUGCCAUAAACAGCUUCAUUGCUUUCAUUUUUCUGCUGUGUACAGCAGACGUUUUUGAGCUCCUUCGCAGGAGACUGGGUAACUGGACCAGCCCGUGA